CUGCAGCUACACAGACAGUCGGGGUAACGUGAUUAUUUUCUACCCCGAAAAUGGUCAAAUCGGGGAAACUUCGGUCCGGGACAGGGUCGAAACUAAAACGAUGGAAGAAAGGACACAGCAGCGACUCAAACCCGCAGUCGAGUCGUUUCCGACAGGCUGCUAAAAGCCGCUUCUUCAGCCGACCCUCCGGAAAGAGUGAUCUAACAGUUGAUGCUCUUAAGCUUCACAAUGACCUGCAGUCAGGUCCGCUGGAGCUCAGCAGCCGCAAAGAUGACUGCAUGGAAGAGGAGGCAGAUGAGGCGUUUUCAGAUAGAACCUCUGGUACCUUCCUCAGCGGCCUGUCGGACUGCUCCAACCUGACCUUCAGAAAGGUGCAGCGCUACUGGGAGUCCAAUUCAGCUGCUCACAAAGAGAUCUGUGCAGUGUUGGCAGCUGUUACUGAGGUGAUCCGUAGUCAAGGAGGGAAGGAGACUGAAACAGAGUACUUUGCUGCUUUGAUGACCACCCUGGAGGUUGUGGAUACAGCAGAGUCUCAGGCUGCAGUGGCGUACCUCCUCAACCUCGUCAUGAAACGGGUUCCUGCUCCAGUCCUCAUGUCCAAGUUCUCAGACACCACCAAGGCUCUGAUGGACGUCAUGUCUAAAGAGGCCACGUCUGACAUUGCCUCUGCUCUUAGAUGGGUCCUGUCAUGCCUUGCCACCUUGUUGAGGAAGCAGGAUGUAUCUGUGUGGACCUACCCCUCUACUCUUCAGGCUUACCACGGCCUUCUCAGCUUCACAGUGCACAGCAAGCCUAAGGUCCGUAAAGCAGCUCAGCAAGGCGUUUGCGCCAUUCUCAGAGGCAGCGACUUCCUGUUUACAGAUAAUUCCCCGAGCCAUCACCCUGCUGCGGCGACCACAGCCAAGUUCUGCAUGAAAGAAAUGGAACAGGCAGGAGGCAGCAAAGAGGACACCACCACGCUUCAUGUGCUGGGCCUUCUGAAGGAGCUGAUGGGGACGUUUCCUCUGGGAGCCGUCAAGUCCUGUUGUGAGACUCUGCUGCGAGUGAUGACACUCAGCCAUGUGCUGGUGACGGCGAGUGCCAUGCAGGCUUUUCAUCGUCUCUUCAGCGGGAAGCCAAACGCUUCAACGCUCUCGGCAGAACUCAACGCACAGAUCAUCACGGCUCUGUACGACUACCUGCCCAGUGAGAAUGACCUGCAGCCUCUGCUGGCUUGGCUCGCUGUCAUGGAGAAAGCUCACGUUCACCUGGCGAGUCUGCAGAGUUCUCUGAGUUUGGGUCACCUCCCUCGCCUUUUCUCUGCUGCCAUGUCCUGCCUGCUGUCGCCUCACACACAAGUGGUCUCUGCAGCCACCAACACACUGAAGACUUUGUUGACUGAAUGUGUUGCCCCUCACAUGGACGAAAUGGGCAUGAUCACUGCCUCAGCCUCUGCAGGGAACCCCUCCUAUAUCUGCAAAAUGUUUCGCAUCAUAGAAGAAGGAUUGUCCUAUCGCUUCCAUGCCUCCUGGCCGUUUGUGCUGCAGAUCCUCGGCUGCUUCUAUCGAGCUGCAGGGAAACACGCUCACCCCAUCAUGACCAAGUCACUGCAGUCUCUGGCAGACCUGCGUUCCACUCCUCACUUCCCCUUCAGCGGUGAGUUGGACCUGGCUGUAGGAGGAGCUGUAGAGAGCAUGGGCCCUGAAGUCGUGCUGGGCGCUGUGCCUCUCAACAUCACCGGCUAUGAGGAUGACUUGGAGUUCCCACGCAGCUGGCUGGUCCCGGUCAUACGGGAUCAUGUGAAGAACACUCACCUCGGUUUCUUCAAUUCUUAUUUCCUCCCUCUGGCUUCUACACUCAAGCAGAGAGCUGAAGAAUUAGAGCAAGCAGGGCAGAAACUUGAGGCCAGAGUCUACCAGACAUUACAGAUCCAGAUUUGGACCAUGCUCCCUGGUUUCUGUACAUGUCCUGUGGACCUGAUGGCCUCCUUCAAAGGCAUUGCACGCACACUCGGUAUGGCUAUUAACGAGCGGCCGGACCUGAGGCUCAUAGUGUGCCAGGCGCUACGCACUGUUGUCAACAAGAGCUGCUCCACAGAGGAGGAAAAAGCUGAAGUGGGCCGCUUUUCCAAGAACUUCUUGCCCAUCCUGUUCAACGUGUAUGGCCAGCAGCCCGCAGCGGGAGAGUCCGCCACCUACAGGAUGGCCGUACUAGACACCAUCAAGGUCUACUUAACCGUCACCGAACCUGAGAUGGUCUGCACGUUCCUGCAAAAAGCCACAGAGAGACUGAGCGGCAGCGACACCACUGAGUUCACACGGCUGUCAAUGAUGGACCUUGUAGUCGCCAUGGCUCCCUCUGUCGAUGAGGUCACCAUGACUAAAACCUUUGAGCUGAUUCGGCCAUAUUUGGAGACCAAAGAGCCAGGCAUGCAGAAGAAGGCGUACCGCGUGCUGGAGGAGAUGUGCGGUGGCGAGAGCGACGCGUGCAAAUCGUUUGUCGUGGCCAAUCUGGAAACUCUCAAAGCCGUCCUGCUCGACACCCUGAAAGCAGCUUCCUCCCCAGCGAAGAGGCCGAGACUGAAGUGUCUGAUCCACAUCGUGAAGAGGCUCAAUGAGGAGCACAGAGACUUCAUCACAGCACUGCUGCCAGAGGUGAUCAUUUGCACCAAGGAGGUGGCUGUCGGCGCUCGUAAGAAUGCCUACACUCUGCUGGUGGAAAUAGGAAACGCAUUUGUCCGCUUCUGUGGAAACACAAAAGAUGCCAUGGAGCAGUAUUUGGUGUUGGUGUACGCAGGACUCACAGGCUCCGUCACCAUGAUCACCUGUACGGUGCUCGCGCUAACUCGGCUGGUGUUUGAGUAUAAAGAUGCUAUCGAUGUGGCCACCAGGGAGCAGCUGCUGCACAACAUCUGUCUGCUGCUGUCGUCUCGUACCAGAGAGAUCGUCAAAGCCGCCUUGGGCUUCAUCAAGGUCAUCCUCUUCAUCAUGGACCCUAAGACACUGGCAUCACACGCCACUGUCAUGAUUGAGGGAGUUGGAAACAUAAAAGAUGACGUGAGGAGACACUUCAGAACCAAACUGAAGAACAUCUUCACCAAGUUCAUUAGAAAGUUUGGUUUUGAGCUGGUGAAGAGCAUGCUGCCUGCAGAACACCACAAGGUGAUCGCAAACAUCCGCAAGGCCGAGGCUCGCACCAAGAGGAAGAAACAGGCCGCCGAGCAGCACGACGACUCUGAGAGCGAAGACGAGGAACCUAAAGCAAAGAGCCAAAGUAUCGAGGAGAUCCUUGCAGAGUCGGACAGUGAUUUGUCAGAUAAUGAAGGAAAGGCCCGUAAUGCUCAGAAGAAAGCAGGCAAACCGCAGAAAGCGCGGGCCUGGCUCAAAGAAGGAGAAGGAGACGAGCCGCUUAACUUCCUGGACCCCAAAGUUUCCCAGAGAGUGCUAGCCACAAACCCAGCGCUGAAAAAGAGCGCCAAGGUGGAGCACGGCUUCAAGGUGACUUCAGACGGGCGGCUGAUCAUCAGAGAGGAUGACGAGGAGGAUGCAAACGACAAAGAUGAGGGAGAGAUGAAAGAUAUUCUCGAGGAGGCUGGAGUCAAGAGUAAAAAGACACAGAAAAGGAAGUUCCGAGACGACAACUUCGAUGAGGACAUGGACAUUGAACCCCAACUGAAAUACAAAGCUGGGGGCUCUGGUAUCCACAGACCCCUGGGAGGAAGAGAAGACAUGGGGGCAGACUACAAGUCAAAGAAAGGAAAAGGAGACGUGAAGAAAAAAGGAAAGCUCGAUCCUUACGCUUACAUCCCUCUGAAGAAGGCCCAGCUCAAUCGCAGGAAGCGUGCCAAACUGCAGGGCCAGUUCCAGGGCAUGGUGAGGGGAGCCCAGAAGGGGGCGCUGUCUGGAAAGAAAAUGCAGAGGAAGAAGAGGAAAGCCUGAAGAACAAACUGAAAUUACUCAUAAUGGACUUUAAAUACGUUGUGUGCGUGUGAUGGUGUGUUCAUAAACAUACUAAAAUGUAGACAUACACCUUGGAUGCGUGUGUAUGUCUGUGUGUGUUUCUGAUGGAUUGUUGUUAAAGGUGAAACCAGUUUGUUUUUAAACUGUUUCGCUUUUCAAAAUUCUGACUCAUUCAGCUUUGAGAGCCUCCAGCUGUCAAAAAUCACUCGGUAAGCUGUUAAAUGCGUCUCAUAAAUCCUCCCUUUGGUAAACAUAAAUGUAUGUAUGUAUAAACACUGUCUAGAUAUUGAGGCAGACAAUAAGACUGGUUUGGGAACAGUGACGUCCA